AAAGACGUGAGCAUUAGAAGUUAUGGUAUCAGUUCACAUCUGGACUUGUAACAAAGAAUUAAAACUACAAAAUGUUCUUCAAGGUACUCUGCGCACUAUCUGUAGCCAUCGCGGUGGUCUCCGCUCACGGGCACUCAUCCCAGUUCGUCCACAAAUACGACGGACACCACGAGCCUGUACACCACGGACAUGGUCACCAUGACUACUACACUCAUCCUAAGUUCGAGUUCGGCUACAAAGUAGACGACGACCACACUGGCGACCACAAGUCGCAGCACGAGCACCGCGACGGUGACGUCGUCAAGGGCCACUACUCGCUGCACGAGCCUGACGGCUCCGUCAGGGACGUGCACUACCACGGCGACCACCACAGCGGAUUCCACGCAGACGUAAAGCACAGCAUUCACCACAUCGUACUUUGCGUAUUAUCCGUAGCUGUCGCAAUGGUGUCUACUCAUGGAACAUCAUCUCAAUAUGUCCAUAAACACGAUGGACAUCAUGAGCCUGUAUCCCAUGGACAUGGCCACCAUGACUACUACACUCAUCCUAAGUUCGAGUUCAAGUACAAGGUAGACGACGACCACACAGGCGACCACAAGUCGCAGCACGAGCACCGCGACGGUGACGUCGUCAAGGGCCACUACUCGCUGCACGAGCCUGACGGCUCCGUCAGGGACGUGCACUACCACGGCGACCACCACAGCGGGUAA